AUGACAACUCCCCGCCAGCGCUCCUAUUCGGGCUGCUGGUCGUGUCGCCGGCGUCGGCGCAAGUGCGAUGGGGCGCGGCCUAGCUGUCGGAAUUGCGAGAGGCGCGGUGUCCCCUGUGAGGGCUACGGGGUACGUCUGAGAUGGGGCGCGGGCAUUGCGUCGCGUGGGCAUUUCGCCGGUGCUGAGAGGCCUGUUCUGGAUACUCUUGAUAGCAGCCCUAGCCCUAGGGCUACUGUUGCGGCUGGUUCUAGUGAGGCCCGGCCAAUACAGCAACCCGCUACUGUUACUACUAUUACACCUGGACUAGAGGAUGCAGAACCACAAGCGAAUGAACUGCUCCAGAAAUUUUUCGACUCCGGCCACCAUAUCCUGCUUUCUAUACGAGAGGCUCGAGAUGUAUUCAAGACUAUGGCCGUGCUAUGGUGUCAAGAAUCAAAGGCCUGCGCUGCAGUCUGCGUCGCCCUCCAGACCCUCCUCGAGCCAGAAAUGCACGCCCGGUUCGAGGAGUACUUCGACAUCGCCCUGCAGCGCUUCCGUGCUGAGAUGGCUCGCACGGAUGUCCUGAGCCAGGGGACUCUAGCUGCAGGGAAUCUACUUUGUACUGUUAGCUUCUUCCACGGCAAACCAUGGACCUUCCACGUCCAGGGCCUGUACGAACACCUCACCCACUCCCCGCCCAGCAGCAGCAUCCUGCACGCCCCCGACCCAGCCUGCAACUCUCUUAUCGGUUCAUUAGGGAUAAUGGAUCUCCCGCCCUUCAUUGCCGGUCGCCGCUCCCCACCAAUGCACAUCUGGUACCACCACUGCAGGGGUCGGUCACGAAGAUGGCUCGGUCCAGCGAACACCAACACCGGCGGUACAGCCGGCAUUGAGCCCAUCACGGGCCUUCCGCGCUCGCUGAUUGACCUGUUUUCAUGCAUGGGCUUUAGUCCGGAUCAGGAUCUUGAACGCGCGUUUUGGGGCUGGCCUGGGGAGGAGGGGGGUGUCGCGCAGGUACAGCUUUGGGAGGCGUAUCGGUUUGCGGGCGUUCUUGCUGUGAGGAGGAAUUCCCAUUCGAGUUUGGGGUUAGAUGCGAGUGGAAGUGGACAUGAAUCAGCAUCGAGUGAAGUCGUAAUCAGCCGCCUUGUUGGUGCAAUCGAUGCGCUGACCCGUGCGGGUGAUAUGGAUGAGGAUGACGAGGCAGUCUUCAAUGCUAUUCGGUAUCCGCUUGUGAUUGCCGGGUCGGACGUCGAUGUUAUGCGGGCUCAUCCGGGGUGGAGGGGUAUGAUUGAGAGGACACUCAGGACGCUCGUUGAGGAGGACCCGUAUGCGCAGUGCAGGCUGACCUUGGACGUUCUGAGUGAAGUGUGGUCGUUGUGGGAGCAGGGGAGGGAUGUCGGGGUUGAGGAGGUGGCGGUUGAGAGGGGGGUAGAGCUCUAUCUUGUUUCUUGA